AUGGCACCUCUAGCAGACGUUCAAACCUUGACGGGGGAGCAGGAUACUUGGUCGGUCUAUACGAAAACGCGAUCCACGGUGCAGGAGCAGCCAUUGAGCAAAGAUGAGCUCGACAAGUACACCAGAUACUUCCAUGCAUCGAUGUACCUUUGCUUGGGUAUGCUGUACUUGAAAGAGAAUCCGCUGCUACAGGAGCCCUUGAAGAAAGAGCACAUCAAGCCACGACUGCUCGGUCACUGGGGAUCUGAUGCCGGCCAAUCGUUCACAUACAUCCACUUCAAUCGCUUAAUCAAGAAGUAUGACCUCGACGCUUUCGUCAUCUCUGGUCCAGGCCAUGGCGCACCCGGACUUAUCUCCAACUUUUACCUUGAAGGAGUCUACAGUGAGGUUUAUCCCAACAAGAGCGAAGAUGCUGAAGGCAUGCAACGCUUCUUCAAGCAGUUCUCGUUCCCUGGCGGCAUCGGCUCGCACAUGACUCCAGAGACGCCUGGCAGCAUCCACGAGGGUGGCGAACUUGGAUACUCCCUCAGCCAUGCCUUUGGCGCGGUCUUUGACCAUCCUCAAACCAUCGCACUAACGAUCGUUGGUGAUGGAGAGUCCGAGACUGGUCCGUUGGCGACAAGCUGGCACAGCAACAAGUUCUUGAACCCGAUCACUGAUGGAGCUGUACUUCCCGUCCUGCAUCUCAACGGCUACAAGAUCAACAACCCAACUGUCCUCGCCCGCAUCUCAGAGGAGGAGUUGAGGUCGUUGAUGAUCGGCUAUGGGUGGAAGCCGUACUUCGUUGAAGGCUCCGAUCUCGAAAGUAUGCACCAGGCCAUGGCAUCAACACUCGAGGUCUGCGUGCAGGAGAUCCUGAAGUACCAGAAAGAAGCCCGCGAGUCCGGAAAGGCGGUCCGACCAAGAUGGCCUAUGAUCGUACUUCGUUCACCCAAAGGCUGGACUGCUCCAAGAGAAGUGGAGGGUCACUAUUUGGAAGGCUUCUGGAGGGCGCACCAGAUCCCACUUACGAAAGUGCUCACUGAUCCAGAGCAGAUGAAGCAGCUGGAGUCAUGGAUGCGUGGCUACAAGCCGGACCAGCUCUUCACCAAGGAAGGCAAGCUCAUCACCGAGCUCAAGGAGCUGGCGCCAGCAGGCAACAAACGAAUGUCCGCCAACCCCAUCACCAACGGUGGUAUCCUGCGCAGACCGCUUAAAAUCCAGAGAUUUGAGGAAUAUGGACUCAAGGUGGACAAGCCUGGCGUGACCAGCGGACCAAGCAUGAACCACUUUGCUGAGUUCUUGAGGGACAUCGUCCGGGACAACCAAACCACGUUCCGAGUGAUGGGUCCAGACGAAACCGAAUCGAACAAGCUGUCUGCCAUCUACAGCGCUGGAAAGAAAGUCUGGGUGAACGGCUACUUGCCCGAAGAUGAGGAUGGCGGCAACUUGAACCCCAAGGGUAGGGUCAUGGAGAUGCUGUCGGAGCAUACCGUCGAAGGCUGGCUCGAAGGCUACAUCCUCAGCGGCCGCCAUGGCUUGCUCAACUCAUAUGAGCCGUUCAUCCACAUCAUUGACAGCAUGGUGAACCAGCACGCCAAGUGGAUCGAGAAGUGCUUGGAGGUGUCCUGGAGACAAGCUGUGUCCUCGCUCAACAUCUUGCUUACUAGCACCGUAUGGCGACAAGAUCACAACGGCUUCACCCACCAAGACCCCGGCUUCCUAGACGUCAUCAUCAACAAGUCACCAGAAGUCGUCCGGAUCUACCUCCCACCAGACGGCAACUGCCUGCUCUCCACCAUGAACCACUGCUUCAAGUCCACCAACUACGUCAACGUCAUCGUAGCCGACAAGCAGAACCACCUGCAAUAUCUCAACAUGGACGACGCCAUCACUCACUGCACCAAAGGCGUGGGCGUCUGGAACUGGGCUUCGAACGAUGCCGGCAAAGAGCCAGAUCUUGUCAUGGCCAGCUGCGGUGAUGUCGUGACGCAGGAAGCACUCGCUGCUACUGCGCUGCUGAGACAUCAUUUGCCGGAGCUCAAAAUCCGGUUCGUGAAUGUGGUGGAUUUGUUCAAGCUGAUUCCAAAUGGGUAUCAUCCGCAUGGGCUGAAGGAUGCUGAGUAUUCAGCCCUGUUCACCGACAACAAGCCUGUGGUGUUCAACUUCCAUUCAUACCCGUGGUUGGUGCAUCGUCUUACUUACAACAGGCCCGGGCAGGAGCGUUUGCACGUUCGUGGCUACAAGGAGAAAGGCAACAUCAACACGCCUCUCGAGCUGGCCAUCCGCAAUGAGGCAGACAGGUUCUCCCUAGCCAUCCUGGCGAUCGAUGGGCUGAAAGAGAGACUUGGCAACAAGGGCGGCGAUGUGCGUGAGAAGCUCAUCGGCGAGAGGAUCAAGGCUAGGAAUCACGCGUACGAGGUUGGCCUGGACCCACAAGACUUGACUGACUGGACGUGGCCAUAUUGA